UCACAUCGCUGGAACUCAGAGGAUUUUAAGCUGAGCACUUGCUUGAAAGGCAAGGAUGUUGUGAUAAAUGCUGUUGUAGAAAGAGCUAAGAAUAUCUGAGAUCAAAGGUAACUCAUUCUGAGAGAAAGAAAUCAAGGCAACACUAUGGAGUCUGUCUCUCAUUCAGAAACCUACAGAGAGAUAUUGAGGAAACAUCAGAUCAUGCAUCCUCCAAGAGUUCCACAUGCGGCCCUUGAUACAAAGAGGAAAACGGCAGCCAGGCCCUUCUCAGGGCUGUGGAAAGUCUCUGAUCCAACUCUGUUACAAAUGACCUUGGUCGCUGGUCUGUUGGCUUCUGUUCUUGGAGAUUGUGGUCCUCCACCUGAUUUACAGUUUGCUUCUCCAAAUAACAAGUUGAAUAACAAAGACUUCAAAACUGGAAUUACACUGAAGUACACCUGCCUGCCUGGUUAUAGCAGAAUCGGUUCCAGUUCAGUUACUUGUAAUGAUAGAGGCUCAUGGGACUAUCAUGUUUUUUGUGCUAAGAAGCAAUGCAGAAACCUAGGAGACUUACCCAAUGGGAAAGUGGAAGUUAAGACAGAUUUUCUUUUCGGUUCAACUAUAGAAUUCAGCUGCUCAGAGGGGUAUAUCUUAGUUGGCUCAGCUACUAGUCAUUGUGAGAUCCAAGAUAAAGGAGUUGACUGGAGUGACCCGCUCCCUCAGUGUAUAAUUGCCAAGUGUGAGCCUCCUCCAGCCAUCAGCAAUGGAAGGCACAAUGGUGGAGAUGAAGACUUCUACACAUAUGGUUCUUCUGUCACCUACAGCUGUGACCCUGACUUCUCAAUGUUAGGCAAAGCCUCCAUUUCUUGCACAGUGGAAAAUAAAACAAUAGGUGUCUGGUAUCCAAGCCCUCCUACUUGUAAAAAUAUAGUUUGUCACCCACCACGAGUUCGAAAUGGAAACAUUCUCUCUGGAUUUGGACCCAUCUAUCACUACAAAGACUCUAUUCUGUUCAGCUGCAAGAAAGGCUAUAUCCUCAAUGGCAGCAGUUUAAUCCGUUGUGAUGCUAAUAACAAGUGGCAUCCUUCUCCUCCCACUUGUGAACUCAAUAGUUGUAUUGGAUUACCAGACAUUCCCCAUGCUGUCUGGGAUGGAAGAGACAACAAGCUAAGCAAUCAAGAAGUAUUUGAAGUUGGGACUGAGUUGAAAUAUCAAUGCAAGUUUGGCUACAGACCUAUUCCAGAUGAGCCUCUGACUUUGACUUGUCAGGAAAAUUUCACGUGGACACCAUCCAAAGGGUGUGAAUAUAUUGUCUGUCAUCGACCUCAAGUUCCAAAUGGAAUCAUUCUCUCUGGAGUUGGACCCAUCUAUCACUACAAAGACUCUAUUCUGUUCAGCUGCAAGAAAGGCUAUAUCCUCAAUGGCAGCAGUUCAAUCCAUUGUGGUGCUAAUGACAAGUGGCAUCCUUCUCUUCCCACUUGUGAACUCAAUAGUUGUAUUGGAUUACCAGACAUUCCCCAUGCUGUCUGGGAUGGAAGAGACAACAAGCUAAGCAAUCAAGAAGUAUUUGAAGUUGGGACUGAGUUGAAAUAUCAAUGCAAGUUUGGCUACAGACCUAUUCCAGAUGAGCCUCUGACUUUGACUUGUCAGGAAAAUUUCACGUGGACACCAUCCAAAGGGUGUGAAUCUAUUGUCUGUGAUCCACCUCAAGUUCCAAAUGGAAUCAUUCUCUCUGGAGUUGGACCCACCUAUAACUAUGAAGACUCUGUUCUGUUCAGCUGCGAGAAAGGCUAUAUCCUCAAUGGCAGCAAUUUAAUCCAUUGUGGUGCUAAUGACAAGUGGCAUCCUUCUCUUCCCACUUGUGAACUCAUUACGUGUGUGAAACCAGAAGUAGAAAAUGGAAAGCUGUCCGUGGAUAAGGAAAAGUAUGUUGCAUCUGAGAAUGUCACCGUCCAGUGUAACCCUGGGUUUAGUUUGGUCGGUCCCCAGAUUAUCACUUGCUCAGAGAAUACAACCUGGCACCCAACUGUGCCCACAUGUCACUGGGUAAAUUGCACAAUUGUGUGUCCCUGUGCUUGGAAUAAAUGUGUCUGCAGCUCCUGCCAACUUCUCCAAGCUUCUUCCAGCCUCUUGGCUGGAGCCUUGCCUCCCCUGGUUUCAGCGAUCAGUGCGGACAGUGUGAACAGCAAGAUAACUGGCACCGUGAACAGGAUGAAGAGCAAUACAGUUGGCAUGGUGUCUUGGACUGCUGCUGACACCGGGGGGUGGAUUUUCCUGACUAUCCUGAAGGCGAAUAUGGAUCGCACUGUAGGUGAUGUUGCACCGGUGCUCAAUGUGCAGAGACGCUUGGAAGAACUAGAGCAAUGCACAUUGGCAUUACAGCAAGAACCUUGUGGCCCUGAAGAGCCCAGCAUCUCUGACUGCGAGGUGAAAGUGAAGUGUGAGCAGCCUAUGGCCCAGGGAGGACACCCUCAAGGGUCCCCCAAGGUGACUGAGUUCACCACAUAUCGACCAUAUACUCAGGAGGAGUUGGUCAACUCGGCUCUAUUGGAUUGCUCCCCUCAAGUCUUGUCCAGUACUCGGUCUCCUCAAUUCUGCUUCUUCCCUUUAGUAACUCAGAGCAGUGGACUUCCCCAGCCUGAGUUCCUUGAGUCAGGCACCAACUUACCACCGACUUCAAGCUUUCACUUCAGCCUGACUCAGGGUCUGAGAACAUUGAGUCUCAGGGCUGUGUUUCUGAGAUUCUUUACGAUGUCCCCCAGGCUGCAGAGAAUUUUCCCCGCGCUGUGCCUCCUUGGGGUCCUGUCUCUACUGCACUGCCCGCCUGGCCUGUGUGAUUGCGAAUCCCCUCCUGGCAUUGACCAUGGACAACGUAACAUAGUCUCUAAAUACUUUCAAUUUGAACGUGAAGCUGAAUAUGAAUGUGAUGAAGGGUACACCCUGGUUGGAGCGAACAGACUCUCCUGCACUUCUUCAGGCUGGUCACCUGCAACCCCUCAGUGUAAAGCAUUGUGUCUGAAACCAACGAUAGAACAUGGAAGGUUAUCUGUGGAGAAGGUUAGCUAUGUUGAACCUGAAAGAAUUACCAUCCAGUGUGAGUCUGGCUAUCGUUUGGUUGGUUCAGAAAAUAUCACUUGCUCAGAGGACAGAACCUGGUCCCCAGCGGCACCCAAGUGUGAGUGGGAGUAUCCUGAAGGCUGUGAGCAAGUAAUCGCAGGCAAGAAACUCUUGCAGUGCCUCUCAAGUCCAGAGGAGGUGAAAUUGGCCCUGGAAGUGUACAAGCUGUCCCUGGAGAUUGCACUCCUGGAGCUUCAGAUAGAUAAGAGAAAGGAUGCCUCUGAGUGGUAAUCACUGUAAUGUUUCUCAAGAGAGAGAGGAAAACGUUUCUUGCUGUCUUCAUUCCAAUACGGAUCACCUCAGUUAAUCACAUUUACCAUCUCUUUUACACCACCAAUUGUGGUAAUAAUUAUCUAGAAAGGAUAAUUUGUUAAUAUUUAGUGUUUUGAGAUUGUGGAGUUAUUGAUGAUUUUCUGACUCAUGUUUUUGCUUUUCUGGACACAGAGUACACAUUUUUUAAGUAAAAAAUUAGCGUAUCCAAUA